AAUCUGAAGCUUAUCCGGUGGGCGAUGGUUUCGCGAGCUCACCUGGAGCAGAACGAUCUCUUUGAGAAUUCGAGUAUAAUGUCGAUUGGGAAGUGAAGAUCGUAAUUUGUUGUAGAUUAUCGAUUGCGCCAAUUUUAAGGGGCAUCUUGCGAUGGCGCUUAUAGUGAUGUCGCCGGAGGUUGCAUCGUUCGCCGGAAUGGGAAUUCACAUGCGAAAGGCUCCCCGAAUCGCUGGAAAAAGCGUUAAGUUCGUCUCAUGUUCGGGUGUGAAGGAUGUGGAAAUGGAGGUUUUGAAAUUGCGAAGCGAUAACUACGAGGAUGGUCUGAGAUGGCUGUACGGGCAGGUGAAGGAGGGCGAAACGGCGCCGUUUCCGUCGACGAAGGACAAGGAGGAUGAAAGGAAGAAGCAGGAUUACUAUGUGAAUACAGGUUACGCGAUUCGAAACCUUCGUGAGGAAUUUCCGGAGCUUUUCUAUAGAGAAUUGAGCUUUGAUAUCUACAGGGAUGAUAUUGUUUUUAAAGACCCUGUCAAUGCAAUCGCCGGUAUUGAGAACUAUAAGUCAAUCUUUUGGGCAUUAAGAUUUCAUGGGAAGAUCUUUUUUCGGGCAUUGUGGGUUGACAUUAUAAGUGUGUGGCAGCCGGCGGAGAACAUGAUAUUGGUUCGAUGGGUAGUUCAUGGCAUUCCUCGAGUACCAUGGGAGAGCCGAAGUAGAUUUGACGGCACCUCUGAGUAUAAGCUGGAUAAGGUUGGAAAGAUCUAUGAACACAAAGUUCACAAUAUUGCUAUGAAUGGGCCCCAAAAGUUCCAAGUUCUAGCCGUCGAUCAAUUGCUUCAAUCAAUAGGAUGCCCUUCUACCCCAAAGCCAACAUAUUUUGAAUUCUCAUCCUCUGGUUUUCGAUUUUGGGAGCAUUCAAGAUUAGUCACUUCUGUUCUAGCUCCUAUUGAAUCUAAAGCACGAUCAUGAAAGAGUACGUAGAGUUGGUUCAUGGCACUCAAAAUCUUGGUUUGUGUUACAGUUUAUCUGAAUCCAUGAAUGUGAUUAUACGCCGUGGAUAUACAUGAGAUGGGAUGGCGAAUGCAGUAUAAAUAACAGCUUUUGAGAUAUGUAAAUUCGAGCUGCUUGUGUUUUUUUCCUGUAUAAACAUAGUUUGAAAUUUCGUGCUGCACAUAUAUAAUCAAGUGCUUAUAGUAGUGUCUUGGUGUGUUCCAAUUGUUGUUGGUGAACAUAUAUUGAGUGUGUAUGUAAAACAUAUAUAUAUAUAUGUGUGUGUGUGUAUAUUAUGCUA